AUGGCGCGCGCCGCCGCCUCCAGGCUCGCCGCCGCGGCGAACUCUUCCUCUACGCGCGAGUUGUUCGCCCGCCACCUCGUCGGCUCUGCCGCCUCGGCCUGGACCGCACCGCCGCGGCUGCCUGAACCAGGGAGGGAGCGGCGGAGCCCGAGCUGGUGGUGUCCGAGCAGGUCGUUCCAUGCCACAAGGCGGGUGUAUGCAAGGGAUUUCUAUGAUGUGCUUGGAGUAAGCAAGGAUGCUUCUGCACCGGAUAUAAAGAAGGCAUAUUAUGCGCUUGCAAAGAAGUUCCAUCCUGAUACUAAUAAAGAUGAUGCUGAUGCAGAAAAAAAAUUUCAAGAAGUUAACCGUGCCUACGAGGUUUUGAAGGACGAUGAUAAGCGUGAAAUAUAUGAUCAGCUUGGACCAGAAGCAUACGAGCGUCAAGCAUCAGGUGGUGACCCUGGAGGGCCGGGUUUUCCUCAGGGUAACCCAUUUGGCGACAUCUUUGGCGAUAUCUUUGAUAAUGCGUACAGAGGUGGCCAAGAUGUCAAGGUUUCUGUGGAACUAUCAUUCAUGGAAGCUGUCCAAGGUUGCAGAAAAACCAUUACAUACGAAGCUGAUACUUUUUGUGGAACUUGCAAUGGAAGUGGUGUUCCCCCUGGAACUGUGCCUAAAACAUGUAAAACAUGUCGAGGCUCUGGUGUGAUAUACAUGCAGAAGGGUAUAUUUACUGUUGAAUGUACUUGCUCCCUGUGCAGUGGGAGCGGAAAAAUUGUCAAGAAUUUUUGCAAGACUUGCAAAGGAGAACAGGUAGUGAAGGGGAAAAUGUCAGUCAAGCUAGACAUAGCGGCAGGAAUUGACGAUAAUGACACCAUGAAGGUUUUUGGUAAGGGUGGUGCAGAUGUUGAACGCAAUAAGCCUGGUGACCUUUAUGUUACUAUCAAGGUCAGAGAGGACCCUAUCUUUCGAAGAGAAGGCAACCAUGUGCAUGUUGAUUCUGUUUUAAGCAUUGCUCAGGCUGUCCUAGGUGGAACUGUCACUGUACCAACCCUCACUGGAAAUGUUACAGUCAAGGUUCGCCAAGGUACCCAGCCAGGAGAGAAGGUCGUCCUCCGGGGCAAAGGAAUAAAAGCGAGAAACUCGUCGGUGUUUGGGAAUCAGUAUGUUCACUUCAAUAUCAGGGUUCCGACAAGUAUGAAUCCUUACUUUGUUGGGAUUCUUGUCCCCGUCGCGGUCUCCCUGCUGCUCCGCAAGAGGAGAAAGGCUGAAAGGAAGAGGGGAGUGCCAGUGGAGGUUGGUGGGGAGCCUGGAUAUGCAGUCCGUAACUAUCGAUUUGAACAGCCUGUUGAGACACACUGGGAGGGGGUGUCCACACUCGCUGAGCUGUUUGAGCAAUCUUGCAAAGAGUAUGUCUACAUGCCACUCCUUGGCACCAGGAAGCUCAUUUCAAGGGAAACUGAAGCAGCACCUGGCGGGAGAUCGUUUGAGAAAUUGCAUCUGGGCGAGUAUGAGUGGAAGUGUUAUGCAGAGAGCUUCAAGAGCGUUUGCAACUUCUCAUCUGGACUAAUUCGAGUAGGUCACCAGAAGAAUGAACGUGUUGCUAUUUUUGCUGAGACACGGGCCGAGUGGCAGAUUGCGUUGCAGGCAUGCUUCAGACAAAACAUUACAGUUGUCACCAUCUAUGCCUCAUUGGGGGAGGAAGCAUUGUGUCACUCACUAAAUGAGACUGAGGUCACUACUGUAGUUUGUGGUCAGAAAGAACUAAAAAAGUUGAUUGAUGUAAGUGGGCAACUUGAUACUGUCAAGCGUGUUGUCUAUAUCAAUGAGGAAGGCAUCUCAGCUGAAGUUUCUUCAGCUCAAAACUGCACUAGCUGGAUAGUUGAGUCAUUUGAGGGAGUAAUUAGGUUAGGAGCUGAAGCACCUGUUGAAGCAAACAUGCCUCUCCCUUCCGAUGUUGCGGUGAUAAUGUACACAAGUGGUAGCACCGGAUUGCCCAAGGGAGUUAUGAUGACCCACCGCAACGUCCUGGCUACACUCUCAGCAGUUAUGACCAUUGUGCCUGUACUUGGCAGUAAAGAUAUAUACUUGGCCUACCUCCCACUUGCACACAUUCUUGAGUUGGCAGCAGAGGCACUAAUGGCUGCUGUUGGGGCCUCGAUAGGAUAUGGAUCACCUUUGACCCUGACUGAUACAUCCAGUAAAAUAAAAAAGGGAACUCUAGGUGAUGCUUCUGCACUAAAGCCAACAUUGAUGACUGCUGUACCUGCUAUACUUGACCGUGUCCGUGAUGGUGUGAGGAAAAAGGUGGAUACAAAGGGUGGUAUAGCAAAGCAAUUGUUUGACGUUGCCUAUAACCGUCGGCUUGCUGCAAUCAAUGGAAGUUGGCUUGGUGCCUGGGGAUUGGAGAAACUCUUGUGGGAGACGCUUGUGUUUGGAAAGGUGCGUGCUAUUUUGGGAGGAAAGAUUCGGUUUGUACUUUCUGGUGGAGCACCUCUAUCUGGAGAUACUCAGAGAUUUAUCAAUAUAUGCCUUGGGGCUCCAAUAGGGCAAGGUUAUGGUCUGACUGAAACUUGUGCUGGAGGGACAUUUUCGGAGUAUGAUGACACAUCUGUUGGUCGUGUUGGUGCUCCACUACCUUGUUCGUAUAUUAAGUUGAUCGACUGGCCUGAGGGUGGAUACUUGACAACUGAUUUACCAAUGCCUCGGGGAGAAAUAGUCAUUGGGGGUCCGAAUGUAACUAAAGGCUAUUUCAAGAAUGAAGCUAAAACAAAUGAAGUGUACAAGGAUGACGAAAAAGGUAUGCGAUGGUUCUAUUCUGGUGACAUUGGACGAUUCCAUCCAGAUGGCUGCCUUGAAAUCAUUGACCGUAAGAAAGAUAUUGUGAAGCUUCAGCAUGGCGAAUAUGUAUCCCUCGGGAAGGUAGAGGCUGCUUUGAUUGUGAGCCCAUAUGUGGAGAACAUUAUGAUCCAUGCUGAUCCUUUCCACAAUUACUGUGUUGCGCUUGUGGUAGCUGCACACAUUAAGCUGGAAAGCUGGGCUUCACAGCAAGGAAUUAAAUACAGUGAUUUCUCAGAUUUGUGCCAGAAGCCAGAGGCUGUUAAAGAAGUGCUUGGAUCUUUAGCGAAGGCUGCAAAGCAAGCACGACUUGAGAAAUUUGAGAUACCAGCCAAAAUCAAGUUGAUACCAGAGCCAUGGACCCCCGAGUCGGGACUCGUCACUGCUGCCCUCAAGCUUAAGAGGGAGGUGAUCAGGAAGACGUAUGAGAAUGAUCUGACUCAGUUGUACGCAUGA